GGAAAGGAUACAGAAUGCAAUCAAAGAAACAGCAUCUUCUGUUCUUAGUCUCUGUCCAUAAACUUCUUAGAAUUGUUCCUGUCUCUGUGUAUAUUUUCUUGUUAGGGUGAGAAGGAGUAUCCCAUAUUCUCAAGGAGUCAGGGCCCCAAUUGUUAAGAAGACCCUUCCUAGCUCCCAUAGUUCAUGGAUUCUUGCCCCAUUUCUCACUCCAAUGCUCCCUCACAUCUUGAAGGUCCCUGAGUUUGCUCCUGAUCAAUGCUGUUCAAUGUGCUUCUGGAGCCUUCACUUCCAUCCUUGGACUCCUGAUUUCCCAGUGUUGGAAUGUUUCCCAGCUUGCUGACUGUGACCUUAGGCAAAUUGCUUGCCAUUUCUAAGCCUCAAUUCCCUAAUCUGCACAACAGGAAGAGUAAUUCCCACCUCCUAAAAUUGUGAGGAUUAACUAGAACACCUCUGCAAAACACUAACCACAAUUCGUGGCCUACAGUAAAAGUUCAGUAGGUGAUGGUUAUUUCAACUUGUCAGUGCCUGUUGCCCAUCCUCCUCUGGUGCUGGGAGCAAAGGUCUCUCUGAGCAGAGAAUCAGGUGUGCAGGAUUCAGGAAGAGGAUUAGUUUUUGGUGUCACUUAAUCCUUGUGGCUCUUCCGCAAUUGGAGCUCACAUAGGGGCAGAAGAGGUAUAAAACCUGCUUAAGUAGCCCCAGCUCACAAAGGCUGCAGGAUGGAGCUCAGCUUUGGAGCUAAACUGCUGCUGCUGUGGGUGACAUGCUGUGGACAUGCCCUAGCAGAUGAUUCCAGUGGCCACAAUAAAGUCAUCGAGGUGACCAACGGGGGCCCCUGGGGUGACUGGGCCUGGCCAGAGAUGUGUCCUGAUGGAUUCUUCACCAGCGGGUUCUCAGUCAAGGUGGAGCCCCCUCAAGGUAUUCCUGGAGAUGACACAGCAAUGAACGGGAUUCGGCUGCACUGCUCCCGUGGGAAAGUGGAGCGCGACUCUCACGUAGUGGAGUCCCAAUCUGGAAGGUGGGGCUCGUGGAGCGAGCCGCUGUGGUGUCCCCAUGGCAGCUUCCUCAUGGCUUUCUCACUUCGCGUGGAGGCACCCAAUACCCUUGGGGACAACACGGCUGCGAACAACGUGCGCUUCCGCUGCUCUGACGGCACGGAGCUGGAGGGACCUGGCCUGAGCUGGGGAGACUUUGGAAACUGGAGUAAACCAUGUCUUAAAGGCAUAUGCGGCUUGCAGAUCAAGAUCGAGUCGCCUAGAGGCCUCCGCGAUGACACCGCGGUUAACGACGUGCGUUUUUACUGCUGCAGCAGUUAACAUCUUUGCCUCCCUCUCCCUGGCCCCACCUCCAGCUUGGCCCACCUCCCGCUAUUAAAGUUUCCCCAUCUUG